AUGUCGCGCAAUGAACAUAACGUCGACCCAAACACUGGCGCAAGAAGCAUCGAUCUAAAACAGCCGGCGACACCAAUGCAAGGCAGUGGUCAUGCAAGCUCCGCUGACCAGCGUCAUGACUCUCUGACUAAGGGAGACAACGCUCACGUCUCGCCCGCACCACUUCCAACAGGCUGGAACGGUAGUCGUAUUCCAUCGAACAACGUUCCGAGGAAGGCGCCGCUGGCAGCUCGCUCUUCAGAUGAUAUCUCACCAUUCAUAGCGAGAAACAUACCGCCAACGAAUCAACAGAGAUCCACGAGUCAGUCAAAGGCAACUUCCGGCCCCUCACAAGGCAAUCGAGUACGCCAGCAAAAGUCCUUCAAUACGCCGCCGUUGGGUACCCCUAAGCGAGGAAGGCCGCGACUAGACGAUGGAGUUCAGGAUAACAACAAAGCUGGUGGGCUGAACAGCCAGGGAGAUACUCACAUCGGUCAAAAAGCCAGCGCGCAGCCUCCCAUCGGCCCAGACAACUGGAACGAAUAUGUGCACGUCAUGGAGCAGCUCUGGACCGAAGAAAUCACCUUUGACGAGUUUGGCGCGCGCACGCAACGGAUAUUCCAAGUGUUCGAUGAGGGCAUUCGGAGGAGGUUGAACAAUAAUGUGGCGAUGAAGAUGAUAGUGCCACGGUUAGAGGAAGAGCGGAAGAAAGGUCAGUCGACUAAGGGUGCGGAAGACGUCUAG